CGUCGGAAGGAUAGUAUAGCUGGGGGUCACCCAGCCUUCUUCUCUCUCUGCCCCAGUUUAGUUUCUUCCCCUCUUUUUCUUCUACCUUGUUCUCCACCCCCAGACGCAGCCAUGAACCACAUCAUAGAGCCCAAAGAACGCUACAACCUUCGCAAAGCACUCACUCUCAUGGAACGGGAGAUCAAAGUCUUGAAGGAGACAGAGACACAUACCCUCGACCAAAGCAUAUUGAAACAGUACAAAAUCCGGACUCUGCCUUUGAGUCUCCGAGUCGAUGGCCCACUCUCACCAAAAUUCUUCACACCUCUUGUCUCAGACAACAUCCCAGAGCCUACAGCAGAAUACGUCGACCACGAGUACUAUACCGAGCCUACUCUAUGGUCCAGCGAAUGGGGGCGGUCGAUAUACAUGUACCUGGAUGCAUAUACUCGCAAGUUGGCGCUUCAGUUUCCAGAAAUUUGGCGCGUGUGGUCCUGCAAGAACAUCGGAGAUUACAACUUCGGAGAUCUCUACCGGACAUUCGAGCCCGUCUUUGGCACGUUGUUUAUUUGGCAUGUUGCGAAGGCAUCCAAGCCGCAUAUCAAAUGCAUCAUGCACAAUGACCUCGAUGUCGAUGAUGAUCACUUACUUCGCGGAAAGGUGUUGACUGUUAUUCGCAUCAUGUUGGGUCAACUAAAGCAGAAAGUAUUUGUAACCCAAAUGAUUGCACCGGUCCUACUGUUUUCCUUGAACCGACGGCAUCCACGCGUGAUUGAGGCCUACUUUGAUGGUCAUGAGCUGGUGGUAUGUCGUACGAAGGCUUAUGACUUCACCUCGAUGAAUGCCGCUGGGUUCAAGACCUUGGCACAAUGGUGGGUGGGUGAUGCUGUUGGUGAUACCUCGACGAGAGGGAUCCGGACUUGAAUAUCAUGGUGUUGGGGUUUCACUGUGGCACAUCGAGUUGUGCUUCUUAUCCAGGCGUGUAUAGGUGUUGGUUCUAGUGUUUAGUAUUUCAUUUCCAACGACAAGUACCAUGUUCGUUUCCCUUCUAGAUUCAAUAUCAUGCAAAUCAAUAACA